GAGGGCUCAUAUUUUGAAAGACCAUAUCUAAUGUAACCUGCUGACAUUCCAAAUAAAAUAAGAACACUUUUGUUUUCUAUCCUUGUUAUCAAGUACAUAUGUACUGGAAUUUCUAUGACAUAUAUAAAGCUGUGAUUGGAAGUAUUAUAUAAACAGUCAGGAGUAUUUGUAAGGAGCAAAACAUUUUUUUCAGUUAAAAAACUUUUGGAUUUAACAAUGCACAAGUUUAGUUUCACAGUUUUUAUGACAUUAAUGGCGUUUUGUAUCGUGUCUUCAAAGUCAGUUCAAGAAGCACAGUCUGUUGAACUGAAUGAAAAAAUUAGGAUUAUUGUCGAAAACAUUCUGAAGGAAAGGGAACGUAAGACUAGUGCAGAAAAUAGUGACAUAUACUUACAAAAUAGAGUUGAAUACCUUGAAACUAAAGUGAAAACUAUGGAAGCAAAGCUGGUGGAGCAAAAAGAGACUAUUGCUGACUUACAGAAUGAGAUACGAGGGAUACAUGAUAUUGCUGAAGCAAUUUUUGAAAUGAAAACGGAAAACAUUAUCGAGAAUUCGACAAAAGUUGAAAGAAGUAGUUCUAUAAGAAGACAAUACCACGGAAUAACAGAAAAUGGCCGAAGAGUUAGAAGAGCGGCUGCUGUUGGUAACGUGGCCUUUUCAGCGUAUCUGACAAAUACAAACUCUCAUACAGUGAUUGGACAGGCGAUCAAGUUUGACCAAGUUUUACUCAAUAACGGAAGUGGUUAUAAUGCAUACACGGGUGCAUUCACAGCACCUGUGACUGGGGUCUAUCUCUUCUCGUUCCAUUUCGACACAAGAAAACUAACGUUUAUUCGUCUCGUAGUAAACGGAGUGAACCAAGUCGAUGCCGUAGCGAACCCACAUACAAACGCACAGAGCCGUCAAUCACAGUCGAUGGGAGGAAAUACCGCCAUUGUUCAUGUGAAACAUGGUCAAGCUGUCUUGGUAGAAGCCUACGAAAUUCCUGAUGCCGAGACGGCAUCAAGCGAUACAUUUAGACUCUGCACAUUUUCUGGAGUUCUUCUUUACUGACGUUUAUACACUUUAAAUUGUUCAGAAUUUGAUUCAAGUAACUAGCUGUAUAUUGGAUAUCGUAGUGUUUAUUGUACAGUAUGAAUUGGCAUAUAUAGCAAACUUGCAAAUCAGGCUGUUAAAUUUCUUCGAGAUCAAUGUAAAAUCAUUUGUAUAGCAAAGACGUCCAUUUUCAGUCUCUGGACGUAACCUAUAUAGUACUAUGUUGUGUUUACAUACAAGCUAUCUACACAGUUUUUUUUAUAUAUUUCUUGAUAAAUAUCUAUGAUUGACAACAUUAUACAUAGUAUUAUGCCAAUGGUAUGGUAGUGGACUCGUAAUGCCAUUCGAUCACAUUUUCUCCGCAUGUAAUUUUAGUGUUUUCCAGUGAUCACCGAUUCGUUGCAUUUAUGUCCUAAAUUACCGAAAUUAACAGACGAUUUCAUAAUCGUAUGGACAUUGCCGAAUGCCUCUACUGGUCCACCAUGUUAAGAAAAUGAGUAUUUUUCUAUUUAAAUCGUUACAGCAGUGUUUGCUUCUUUAUGCUUGAAUCUUCCUAGCUCGUAGCGUUUAAAUACGGAAACAAAUAAAGCAGUUACUAAAAAUGGUGUUGUUUAUGUAACAUAGAAGUUGUUUUGUCUCGUAUAUGCAACAUGACAGUGUAACUGAUAACAAUCUUCAUGCAACAUUAAAUUUGACGAGAAAUUUGCAUUUUCUCUUUUUUAUUCUGCAGUGUUAUUCUCUUGUUUACAUGUACAUCGGUUUUUCUCUAUUGAAAAUAUUUGAACAUGUAGAACAUGUUCUGAUAUUGUGCCAUUCAUGGUGACCAUGCAAAUUUUUCAGUCGCAGAAGAAUUUGAUAAAAAACUGCCGGCUUAUUUCACUUCAUCACUGUUAAAAAAUUAAUUAUCAUGUGUUUUAUAGUACUGGCGUUGAUUUACAACGGUCAUAACAUUUUGACUCGAUAGACCCUGGAGAGAUAUUGUUCAACUCGACUGAUAAAAAGAACUGAAAGAAAAUUGAACUGGAGGAAAUUCACAGUACCUCUAACUGGGGUGUAUCUGUUCGCCUUCCAUUUCGACCCAAGAAUGUUGACAUUUGUUAGUCUGGUUGUGAACAGGUCAGGAUGGUGAAACGGCAUCAAGCAGUACAUUUAGACUAUGCAUGUUUUCCGAAGUACUUCUGUAUUAACAAUAACCAUUCCGACUCAUUUUAGCUCUGUUUCAAAAUGAAUGUGAAAUAUAACUUAAAUUAAUUGAAUGUAUAUGUACGUUAUAACCUAUAUAAUAUGAUUGUUUGUAUCUACAUCAGACCAACGUAUUUUUGGUAAGAGGGUGACUAUCCGAGGAUGAUAACCUAACGUGCCCAUUUCUCCAGAAGGUAGAACUAUGCAUACGAAAAUAUAUGACAAGAGAAAUGAUGACAAAUUUUAUCUGAUCUUUUUUUUUUCACAUCGGCAGAAAUGUACCUGUACAAGAUUUUCCAGAUGAUUAUCCUUGUUUGUUUUUGUGCUCUAGCUUCUAUUGAGUAGUUCUAAAAUUCAUUUUAGGUAGAAGUUAGUUAAGGGAUUAACCUGUAAUUAAAGUAGAUGGUUGAGUUUUGUAACUUACAAGAAGUCGUUUAAAAAUAAAACGUAGAAGUUG